AUAUAGAACGAUUUUCAAUUUAUUAACGGCAGUUUACUUACAAUUAUCAUUUAUUAUGAAUAAAAUAACAGCGCUGAAAUUUGAUUGUGCUUCGAUUAAAACGUCGAUCCGGCCACUGGAUAGUCAAGUCGCCAGUAACGAGUCAUCUCUUACCAUAAACUGGCCCUGCUGAGACCUUGGCUUAGAAUAUAUUACCUUCCGCCACCACCAGUAAUAUGUAUGCACGUUGGUUCGGUGGAUUCAUACGGGGGGCGAAAAUGAAGGCAUAUAUCAACCCAUGAUCCCGGGUCCCGUAGUUUUCUUUGGUUUUUCUUUAGUUUUUCUUUAGUAGUGUUGGUUUUACUGUGGAAAUAUCUUCAUGGAACAUCAUACUACCCAUUACCCCUAAAAUGACAUCCUGGCGUCGUGCAGUAAUUGCAAAAAAGCGAACAAGCAACAGCUCGAGGAACUUUCUUGACGUCCUUGCCAAUCCAUCAGAUCCAGCCGUAGAUAUCGUCGCUGUUCAUGGUCUCAAUCCACUCGACAAAGAAUCACAUGCAGAAGCCACAUGGACGAGCGGGGACAGACUGUGGCUCCGAGAUUUCCUCCCGAAGCGGGCACGUGGUGCAAGAAUAAUGCUCUUUGGAUACAAUGCGAACGUGGCAUUUCAAACUGCUGCUGCGGGUGUGAGGGAACAGGCCGAGAACCUUCUGAAUCAACUCUACAGGCACAGGACUGAGGACCCUGACCGUCCCUUAAUUUUCAUAUGCCACAGCCUAGGUGGCAUCUUAGUGAAGAGGGCUCUAGUCCUUUCCAAAGCCGACGAAACUUACGAAAUGAUCUGGCGCUCUACCUUUGGCAUUGCCUUCUUCGGCACUCCACACAAGGGGGGGAAUCAUGCAGGAAUGGGAGAUGUGGUAGCAAAGAUUGCCCGAUCCAUGUCGGGAAACCCUAACAAUACUUUCAUGGGCGCAUUGAAGAAGGGUUCCCUGUUCCUUGAUACUGUAACGGAUGAUUUUCGCCAACUUCUUGAAGAUUUUCAGAUCCUUAGCUUUUAUGAGACUCAGCCUCUUGGGUACUUGGGUAUCAUUGUGGAUCAGAGCUCCGCCGUCCUUGGCUUGCCAGGAACGCGCGAGAAACAGCUAGGGCUGGAAGCUGACCAUAGGAAUAUCUGCAAGUUCAACAGCGAGGAAGACCCAAGAUAUCAACAAGUAGCAGACAAUAUAAUCGACAUGAUCAACGCCGCAUUCUUCUUUGAGCGACGUUAUAGGCCUAAUUCCGCGAACUCACGAUCCGAGGGAAAUGAGUCAAGUUCCGAAGGACAUUGCAACGCCACCUUGCAGGCAGGGAACGGUAACGCAAGCCGGGCGAGUGGCAACGCCAACAAGACAUAUCAACUCGGGAAUAGGAAUAAAAGCAAAUCAGACGGAGACGGGAAUAAAACCACACAGAUUUCCAUAGGAGUCAUUGAAAUAGAGUCCUCUAUGGAAAUAUUCAGACGCCUAGAUUGGCUGAAUGCCUAAGCCACGGUCUCCGGAGAAUGACAAGGAGGCUUCUAAAAGGGACUUAUCAAUAUUAUUUGGGAAAUUGUUGGGAAGCGUAUGUAUCACUGCCCACUAGGCAUAAUCAUAUCGACGCUCGUUGUUUGCAUCUGUGUACGCCAUGUUGCCCUUACCUACCUAUAUAGGUAUUUUAUUACCUCUGUUUCUCAUCCUCA